UAUAAAGGAGAAAGUGGCACAUUCUCUGACAGGGAUCCAUUUUAUAUAGAGUGGACGGGCAAAGUAAUUUGUGUUAUUGUAUUACCACUUAAAUUUCGAGAAAAUUUCGAUAUUCGAGUGAAUUUGGCGUAACGCGUGACCGCACGUUCCGUUCCUUGGCCGCCGGGUAUUCCGCCGUCGUACGUCGUCGCAACCGUCGAUUCCUGCCGCCACCGCAGCAAAGUCAGCAAAAAUUGCUCUCCGACCGAGAACGAGACGACGACUUCCGCGGAAGACACCUGUGCAGAAGCAACCAUUUAUGGACUUGCCAAGAAAUUUGCAUGACUGCUACUUCUUCUACUACUCGACAUGUAAGAAGGGUUCAAACUGCGAGUAUCGCCAUGAACCGGCGGCACUCGGCCACGAGGAGACCUGCAAGAUGUGGCAGGAGGGCAAGUGCUACAACCGGACUUGCACGAUGCGCCACAUGAAGAUCGAGAAGCCCCGUUCGGCAACGCCUUGCUUCUGGGAAGACCAACCGGGAGGUUGUCGCAAGCCGCACUGUGUGUUCCAGCACAAGGUUCCGAAGCCGAGCGGUGGUCAACCGUCGCCACAUCCGGCCACCACGAGCAACAUGAUUCCGCAGGUACCGCAGGCGGCUUCAGGUGCCACGGCUACGACCGCCGCUACGACCCAUCUGCUGCAUACGACCUCCCCGGCCGUCGUCCUGGACUACAACUACGCGGCCCUGAUGCCACGCAUCAUCUAAAAGGACUGCCGCCACCAAAGCCGCCGCCGUCGCUGGUAAUCCGGUUGAUCCUGGCACCAACAUGUAAAACCAACAGGAUCAUCGUCGUUGCAUACAGUGCGGCGCUGAUGGCUUCUUCUCGCUCGCACCUCCGCGGCACCAUCUUGCAGAGACGACAACGACCUGUGGUGGAGUGAGCGAGAACGAACGACCGAAUCGAAUCGAACGAGAACGGAGAGUGAAAGGAAGAGCUGGCUGGUGGUGAGCAGACUAACACGAUCCCGUUGCGUCAGCAGUUAUAAUUUCUUUAAAGCUACCUACCUACUAACUCUACCACCACCUUUACGGCUUGCAGUUUUGCAUCGUUUCUUUGAGUUGUUGUUUUUCCUACUUUUUUUUUGGGUUUUAUUGUAUUUAUUUCGCAUUUGAGUUCAAUCCAAAUCACAGCGCUGAUUGACUCAGUUACUUAUUUCUCCCCCUUUGAAAAGCUCUCAUCCUUUUUUCUACGAUGGAUCCUUCUUGGAUGCUCGUUUUGCAAUCAAAAUCAACAUCUUAUUUAAAUUGCGCCUCUACUGAAUUAAUUAUUUAGCAAUUAGUUUGUUUUUGAAACACACACAUGAUUAUAAAUCAGUAAUGAAAAUGUAUCUACAAAACACGUAUAUUGUUAUGAAACUUAUGCAUUAUUAUCCUUAUUUAUAGUCUGCAACAAUAUAUUAUUGGAAAAAGGUUUUUGUUUUUCUUUCGUUCCCUGAUUUUGCACUUUAAAACAAAAAUUCAUUCAUAUUAACCUUAUUAGCUCUAGUGUAGAUCAAUGCUAAACUAGUAAAAAUAACCAACAUCAUGCUAACGAAAUGAAAAAAAAAAAAAAAUGUUCUCAAAUAGAAGUUUAAAAAGUCGCACUACUCAAACGCUUAGAAACAAAAUUGUGGCAACCAUCAAAGCGCGGCGGCACGUUUCUCAGAUUUGCACUUGUUGCGAAAUUUUCUGUUUGUUUGUUGGUUUGUCAGACGGGCUAGCAAGCCCUACAAUCCAAAACAACAGCAGGCAAAGCAUUCGGUUUUACAAAGUGGUGGUUCCUUAACAAAAAAAAAUAAUGAAAAUAAAAUAAACCAAAAACACUCAUCCUCUGGACAGCAAUAAGACUAAAAAUGCACAACCAACAAAACCAAAACCGCGAACACACGUGAACAUGCGACGUCAUCUCCAACAACAAUAGUGUCUCUCCUAAAUUAAACAAAAAAAUAGAAGCAAAGAAUGUUCGUGCUGCGACGAAAGUGCAUUCGUGAACACUAUAACCCGUAACCGUAUUCUAUAUAUGAAAUUAUAGCAAGAAUUAAAAAAGUAAUAAAUGUAAUACACACCAGUUAUCUGGCCGUUCUGAAGCUUUCCGAUAUAGUAUAAUAAUUUUCGUCAUAUUCUGCAUCGUAACAAAAGCAAAAAUCAGCAACAAAGAAGGAUGAGUAGAGUUAACUUAUAAUGUAUGCAACAGUGGGCGAAGUAAUGAUUCUUUGUGAAAUUGUACGUUAUCUCUUCUUAAAGUAGCUUUGGGUGAGUUUCCCCUUCUAAAAAAAGUGUAGCUAUUUAUUACGUUGAACACUGAUUGAAGAAAAAAAAAGAAAAUACUAAUACACAUACAUACACACACACUUUAGGAAAGAUUACGAGCCUCGAAGUUGGUUGCAGUUUGGCUCGGAAAGCGAAUAUUUUCAUGCAAAACCCAGUUAAACACAUUGACCGAAACAAAAUACACACUCACACAUUCUGCUGAAAUGUACGCAACUAUUGAGUAAAAGAGUGUAUGAUAUUUCUAAACAAUUGCUCUACACAGAUUUAAAAACAACAAAAAAAAAACAACAUGGAGCCACAAUAACCACACAAAAACAUGUUAGCUAAACGAAAUGAAAUCAUUAAACAAAUUCAGCAAACAACCGGAAUGGGCAAAACUAGGGAAUUUGCUACACAAAAUUAAAAAAUAAAUACCACAACUAUAACUGCAAAACAAAAAAAAACAAGUUUGGAAGUGUAAGUCUAAAAUUAUCAAUAAAGCAACAGAAAACAACACGA